AUGGCGACCCUUGCUGACGCCAACUCCACCACGCCUGCCGACGAGAUGGCUCCCUCGACCCUCGACCUGUUUAUGCUGACGUUCAACUGCGCCAAGAACUUUAUCGAUGUCGGCGUAUUCGCAACCCACCUCAACACCGCCUUCAGGCACAAUGCCACUGCGCUGCCAGAGGUUGUCGCCUUCUCUUUGCAAGAGGUCGCUCCGUUAUCAUAUUCCUUCAUCGGCGGUUACUUUCUCAGCCCAUACCUCACACGCUUUGAGGAGGCCCUGAACCUUGCUGCGACCCGCUACAUAACCGAAUCCACGUCGAACAACGAGCACGACCAUGUCAGCGAAGAUGACACGGCUUCGGUGAGGACCACCGCUUCUUCUCCUGUGCGGCCAUACACUCUGGUGCGGACUCGAAACGUCGGUAUGACCGCCAUUAUGCUCUUUGCACGCAACCCAGAGUCCAUCCUGCGCGUGCAAGAGGCGGAGGUGGGAUUUGGUGCCGCAGAAAUGGGCAACAAGGGCGCCGUGGCUCUGCGAGUCUUGUACGAAGGCACGACUACGGACGGUGGUAAAAAGGAGACGGAGCUCACUUUUGUGGCUACCCAUCUGGCGGCAAUGGAGUGGAAUUUGCCCCGGCGAAACGCCAAUUGGGCAGCCAUCAUGCGUGGUUUGACUUUCGAGAACCCAGAGGAAAUCCUACAUCCCAAUAAGAACAAGGCCAAUACGGCUGCACCCACCGAGGGACAGAACCAGAGAGAUGGCUCUGGAGACGAAGGAGUGCACCUGUUGCACGACGAACAUGAUGCCCAGACCCUAGCUCUCCAAGAGCGGCUGCAGGAGAUAUCCGUAUUCAAGCCGAGCUCGCAUCUCUUUGUCGGCGGCGACCUCAACUACCGCAUUUCCACGACGAGCCCACCGCCGAUGGCGACAUUCCCCAGCUUGGACCCGGACAGCGAACACCACUAUUCUCGUUUUUUCGUCUUGGAUCAAUUGACGAGAGAACGCCAGGCGGGACGGACCCUACACGGUCUCAGCGAGGCAGAGGUCAAGUUCCCACCAACCUACAAGUACGACGUACUGCCUCCAGACAGCAAUCGUGCCAAGGUUGACGGCGUGGAGGACGUUCCAUGGGCAUUCGCCCCUCACCGAUACCCCAGUUGGACGGACCGGAUCUUGUUCCUUGACGUCCCCCCCUGGGCCAAGGCGAAGCCCCAGAAGGUCGACGUUAAGUCAUACGACGCUUUGCCCGUGGUGCGGAGCUCUGAUCACCGAGCUGUGUUCCUGAGAGCGGCGGUGCCCCUUUUGACAGAAGAAGAGCUGGCCCGACCAUCUUCGGAGGUAUCGGUGGCCAGUCCGGUGGACCCCCGCCUCGUAUUACCGGUUGCCAUUGAUCCCGAGGCCUGGGAGCGACGCGCGGCGGCGAGACGGAAGGAGGUAUUUGCUGGCUGGAGCAUGUUCCUUUGGUCUACUAAACAGGGGGCGCUGAUGCUGGCCACGCUGUUGGCGGUGGGCGCAGGCGCUUGGUGGCUGAGCCAGUGA